AUGUGUCCCUCGCUGGGCACUCCCCUCUUCGUGCUGGUCUCCAAGCUAUGUGAAGUCAAGCGGCGUCUCAAGGACUGGAGCCACUCUUCCCUUUGCAACCUUGACCAACGGGUGACCAAUUAUACAUCUUCCCUGGACUCCCUGCAAACUCAGCUUCGCCUCUCUCCAGAUAAUGAGGACCUUAUGCAUCAAGAAAAGAGCAGCUUAGACUACUGCGACAGGCGUCCACUACUAGGGAAGGAGAAGCUCGCCAGAAGUCCCAUAUUAGAUGGUUACAAGAAGGGCCAAUGGUUGCAUACCGAGGAUGAGAUUAGAGACGCCGCAGCUAAUUUCUUUCACUUAUCCUUUGGCGGCUCCUCCCCGGUUACAUGCCCUUUGUUUGCGCUCCCUGUCAAUCGUUCUCUUUCUCAUGAGGAUGGUCUUUGGCUUGGUCGGCCCUUUACAAAUGCUGAGAUCAAGCAGGUUGUGUUUUCCUAUGCUGCAGACUCUGCCCCGGGCACGGACGGGUUCAACUCCAAGUUUUUCACUUCUACUUGGGAUAUCACCGGUGUCGAUGUGUGUGCUGCCAUUCAGGACUUCUUCCUACAUGGGCAUUUGCUCUCCGAGCUCAAGCUCUCCAAGCUGGUGCUUAUUCCUAAAGGGGACAGCCCUACUUCGUUUUCAGACUACAGACCUAUUGCGGUCAGUUCCAUACUCUAUCGUUUCAUUACAAAGGUCAUUGCCAACCGUCUUAAGGGAGUCAUCCAUCAUCUAAUUGGCAAAAACCAGACAGCUUUCAUGUCAAGCCGAUACAUCACUGACAAUAUUCUUCUCUGUCAGGAGCUUCUCCAUGAUUAUCACUCUCCCUCUGAUAUGCCUCGCUUCGCAGCGAAGCUGGACAUCAGGAAAGCCUUUGACUCGGUCUAUUGGAGCUUUUUAUUCACCCUCCUUCUCUGGCUGAAUUUCCCUUCGAACUUCAUCGGGUGGAUUGUGGAGUGUGUGACCAAUCCUAGCUUUGUGGUUGUCAUCAAUGGUGGCCAGUCUAGGGUCUUCUCGGGUAACCGUGGGCUUCGACAGGGGUGUCCUUUAUCUCCAGCUCUUUUCUCUAUUGUCUUGCAAUUUUUCUCCGACUCCCUUGGGCUCCUUGCAGAAUGUGGCCAAUUCGAGUAUCACUCUUUAUGUGCGAAGCCAGCAAUCACCUCCCUUUGUUUCGCGGAUGACUUAUUUGUUUUUGGCAAAGCUUUGGUGGUCUCGACUGCCCUGGAUAUCCCGUUGGGAUCUCUCCCCAUCACCUAUUUGGGAGUCCCCAUCUCCUCUAAGAAGCUGCGGCCGAAUGACUUUGGAGUCCUUACUACGAGGGUUGAGCAUCGAUUAUCUUCUUGGAAGGGUCGGUUCUUAUCCUUUGCUGGCCGAUUGCAGCUUAUCCGGUUGGUUCUCUAUGGCACGAUCUCGUAUUGGCUCAAUGUUUUCAGGCUUCCCUCUCAGACUAUUCGACAGCUUGAGCGGCUUAUGGCUAGGUUUCUAUGGCUUGGGCAUUCAGAUAGAGGCUCCCACAAGGUCGCGUGGCACACGCUGACUCGUGUUGGGUUGACUUUGUCUCAUCCGGCUGGUUACGACGGCACUCCAUCUGGUCUCUCCCUACUCCCUCGAAGUGUUCUUCCACCUAGAAAGGUACCCGCACUUCGCUGCUCUACGGUCUUUCUCCAUGAUGGUACCCGCACUUCGCUGUGGUAUGAUCCGUGGCUCCCUAGGGGCAGUCUCUCUUCUCCUGGUGUGCUCAUUGCUCCUGCUCUUGGUCGACACCCCUUUGCCACUGUGUCAACUCUGUUCUCAUCUGUGGAUUCCACAAUGCCCGACCCUGUUAUUGCAGCUAGAUGGUCUGAGAUUGGCGCCUCUCGCUUCUUUGCUCGGCUGCCCUCGGAUACUACUGUGUGGACAGCCUCUUCCUCUGGUCGCUUCUCCAUCAAGUCGGAUUGGCAUGCCUCACGUGUUUCCCAGCCUGUGGUGAACUGGCAUCACCUUAUUUGGGCUUCGACUGCCCACCCGCGGUUCUCAUUUGUUGCUUGGCUAGCUGCUAGGGAAGCUCUUAGUCUUCGGACCAAGGUGGCUGACUGGGGUCUCUCCCCUGAACGGAACUGCUAUUUUUGUAACCUUAAUGACGAGACCUUUGAUCAUCUCUUUUUUGGAUGCUCCUACACGCGUGCCAUCUGCAAAGAGGUCUUGUUGCUAUACGGUUAUAGGAGGGAUCCGCUUCCCACGUGGCAAAGUGAGCUCGGCUGGGCCUGCUCUCACUUCACUGGCUCUUCCUUUGUAGCUCACAUCAAACAGUUCAGUUUCUCUGCUGUUAUUUAUCGCAUUUGGUCUGAACGUAAUAGCCGCGCCUUCCAACAUGCAGCUCACCGCUACUCUGUCAUUGUUCAUCUUAUCAUUGCAGACACUAGGGAUAAGUUCUCUAAUUCUGCUGGUGUCAUGCCAGAGACCCCCUGCGCUCGCUGGUUUGCUAUAAGCUGUGAUGGUUCUGUUCGUUCUCAAGGUGCUGGUUAUGGUAGCAUUGGGCGAAAUCACUUAGGCACACCCCUUUUCGCCAUUGCCGGAGGGACCACAAACCGCAACGUUCUUCGAAUGGAACUCCUGGCCAUUCGCAUCCUCAAUGGUCACAUGACUCCUCCUUGGACUACCUUCGACCUGGUGCACGAUGUGUGGGACCUCCGAGACUCCUUCAGUGGCCUUCAAUUCCAAUUCCAUGUGCGCGAGACAAACUUUUGUGCUGACUUCUUAGCUGGAUUCCUCCAUUUCUCGGAGGAGAUUCACUUUUGCAUAGACAAUUUACCUCCGAGGCUUUUGAACCUUGUUCACAAGGAUGCCUCCGGACAUCAAUACUUUAGACUGUAA